AUGUUUGACCUUUUCCAAAUGCUUCACUCCUGGGACCAGAGUUGCCGUCUCAGAUUGCUUUUAGGGCUUCGCGGAUCUCGACAUGAAAGAUGGCCUACAAUGGAACCAGAUGUUUGGUACAGUUAUACCGCUGGUGCAGCCGGAAAUAAUUUGUCGGUCCCACCAUAUCGGGCGUGUUUCGUCAACAAUAUGCACAAGCUAUAUCUAGCGCACGUUCCGUGUAUUGACAAGCUCUCUUUCUUGAACAUCGACCUCGACAGAAACCGGCAUCAUCAAAUCUGGACUGGGGCAGUGGAGACUAUUAUCCAACACUGUCCAACCAUCUCUGAACUGGAGCUGGAUCUCAACGAAUGGAUCCGUCCAGAUUACUUACCGUAUAUACAAGGACGUCGAGCAUCAUUGUCUUCCUUACUCGGAAAUAUUCCUCGUAGCCUAAGGGUGUUCCACUACAGGGCCUCGGAGGACGGCCCGUGGAAGCAUAGUAUGCCUGCACUCAAUGUCAUCCCUUCGGGGACUGAUAGCAUGACUAUCAAUUUGCGAGAUCUCAGUACUCACCUUCGGGAAUUGAAGUUGAACAGGACCACUCUUCCAUUUGACUUUCUGUGCCCUUUGGAUGGAACAGCCCGACCUAUUCUAGGCUCCUUGCAUUGGCCUUGUUUGGAAAUAAUGGAAUUGAUGGAUGUGCCACCCUGGCUUCCUUCUGGGAAAUGGGCUUCCAAUCACACCCCGGAAUAUCGAGCCGAAAUAGAGAGUGACAAGUGGAAUGACCGGAUCUGCGAUGCUGAACGGAGAUGGGGCGGAACAUCAGUGAUGGAUGAAGAACAAUUUCACCGACUUCUCAUAUCGCUGGGUUAUGCAACACAACGUAUGCCCCGUUUGAAACAGAUGGUAUUUCGUAUGGAGUGCUAUUGCCGGUUCACUCUUUUGCUUCGGAACAAUACCAGCGUGAGUACGUUGCAAUGGCACUCUCGUGUCAAAUAUCGGCCAGAUAGCCGAGUUGCAAAGGCAUGGAAACUUGACCUCGAUGGUGAUGAUAUGAAGAUCGAGUGUUCGGAUAUGGGUCUAUGUUCUGUGAUGCUUCCAAAGUGGCCGCCCGACGAGCCUAUGUAG